AUGACCAAUGUGUUGGCUGCGGUCAAAGCCUUACACACCAUCUCCCGCAGAUACUUGCAACGCCUGACUUUCCAACGCAUAAGCUUUUGCAUUUUGGAGUUGUUGCGCAUUCCGCAGGCUACACGCCUUAUUGACUCACGGACUACCGAAGAUGUCCACCUUAUCCUGAAACUGCAAGGACCUGAAUUUCCUCCCCGCGUAGUUUAUGCGUUCACUUCCAACAAGGAGUACUAUCGGGUCUUGAUGGAUCCUACACUGCUUUAUGGCGCAAGUUUUCAGACAUCUGGCGCGUCGUCACGGUUUCGUGGCGAAGCAGCCAUGACGCGCUCUUUUGUCCAAAGGACCCGUGCGAUUGUUAAGUACAAGGAGCUAUUCAGCUAUGACCGACAGACCAGACGAUAUGUAACUGCUAUGGUGGUAUCUCCUGAUUCACCCUCACACUUUCUUCUCGAGCAAGCUCUCCUGCGGUGUAAUAGAAAAAUCACACCGCGCAGGCCUCUGCCUUCUGCUAAAGCAUUACGCGCCCGCCAGCUCCGAAUGAUGUUUGGUCUUUCUCGCGUUUCCGAAGCCAAUGGCGGGACUUCACAGGAGUCCAGUAUUAUUCGGGCCCCCUACCAAAGCGAACAUGUCUACGAUCUUCUCGAUGCAUCGCUUCUUGAGUUUUGUAAUCAAACCGGUCUUGCCCCUGCCCAUUGGAGCGCUUUGUCCACACCGGAUGUACACUUAGACUUUGAGGUCCGCUCACCAGCAAACCGGUCUCCCGAAGGUUCAUCGCCUCCUAUAGUUGAUAUUGCACGCGUAUCUCCGCAAAGUUCGUCUCCUCACGAUGAUACUGCUGAACUGAACCUUAAUGGCAAGGUUCCAAACGACUUCUAUCACCAGCAGACAGUUUUCCUUACAGAAAAGAUCGAUCCAGACCUCGAUCUGCAUUUUCGCGAAUCGCACUCGCCUUCAUUUUCUUCGGCUACUCGGGUAGAAUCUGGUCCGGUCCACUUUGUCACUGCAGCUGUUCCUGAUGUACCAACUGCUCCACUGAGCUACACCCCAACACACGCUAUCCUGACCAUCACCCCUCAGACCCCCGACGAUGUCAUUGAUGCAUUCUUCAGUACUGGUAAUAAGCAGGAGGUCCAGACCAUCUUAAACGGGAUCGGGCUGUUCGAAGAGCUCUCAAUGUGA